AUGAAAGGGUUAGGAGCCAACCGCAGCCGUCACCUGUCUGAUUCCUGUGAACCAGCAGGAUGUCCCCAGAAGCCGCUCUGCCCCUUGACCUCUGACCCUCACGGCUCUUUUCUGAUGAGCCCCACUAUAAAUCACUAUGCCACACUGGACCCCCAUCUCCAUCACUUCCCUCCUACCAGCCCCACUCCCCUGACCCCUGACUGCCUAUUGCCCUUCAACCAAAUGUCCAACAGCAGCACCUUCCCUCGUCUCCACUUCAGUUCCCAGACUGACCCAGUUGACUGCUCCCAGAGCUGCAUCACAGCUGGGGGUGGCGCUGGGCAGGGCAGCAGGGCGGGUACACUGUCCACCUCCAUGUCUAUGGGUAUGGGCUUGGGCCUUGGUCUUAGCGGUGCCCCCAUGAUCACCAGUGGAUCAGCCACUAUUUCCUCUGCAGCAGCAGCAAAGAUGAAUCGGUUACCCUCCAACCUUUUGGAUCAGCUAGAGAGGCACCUGCCCCUGCAACGUGACGGCUUCAGUACACUGCAGUUCCACAGAGGACGUAUGUCCAAGCAGCGCAGUGAGAGUCCAGGACGUAUACGCCACCUGAUGCAUUCUGUGCAGAAGCUUUUUGCCAAAUCCCAGUCCCUGGAAAGCUCUGCAAUCAAAGGGAGUCUUAAUGGCCGCACUGCUGGAGGUGGCACCGUGGGGGCUGGAGAGGAUGGGACUAGACCAACCCGCAGGAGCAAGAGUAAAGACAGGGCUAAGACUGAAGGGCCAAAGCAGAGAUCCAGGCCCAAUGCACUAGGCCUCUGGAGCUCAGAUGAUGCCCUGGACACUGACACUACCAAAGCUGGCACUAUCGCUGUAGGUUACCGUAACCCACUGAGCAUGAUGACUCUUGGCAGGGCAGUGUCAGACAGCCAGGCCCCUCCCAGACAUAUCCCACAGGGCUACAACACCAUUUCUGCACAUACGCUCAAGACCUCGAAAAGCAGCAGUGACCUCAAGUUGCUGGCCUGCCCAGCCAUGCAGGUGGGAUCAAAGGAAGAGGAGGGCAAAAACAGGGGAAGUAAGGAGGGCACACUGGUGAAGAGGGGCUCUUGGUCCACUCUGACCCUUAGCCAGGCCAGGCAGGUGUUACAGAAGGGCUCUGCUACAGUCAACCGGACCUUGCUUAAGUCCAAAUCGUGCCACCAGGAUUUGGCACACCAGUACCUCCAGGUUCCCCUGGGGGACUGGUCAGGAACUUUGGGUCGUGGGCGGGCCAGGGGAACCGAGAUCCCUUGUCGAAGGAUGCGCAGUGGCAGCUACGUGAAAGCCAUGGGAGACCCAGAGGAGAGUGAGGACUCAGAGGGCAGCCCCAAACCCUCCCCCAAAAGUGCAGCCCGCCGUCAAAGCUACCUGAGGGCCACACAGCAUUCUCUGAGCGAGCAGCAGCCACCACCACCCCAACGCAAGCCUCGUUGCUACGCUCUCAUGCGGGAGGAUUAUCUGUGGUCUCCACUACAGAGUGCAUGCUCUAUGCAGCAUCUGAGCACUCUACCGUCCCUGAAAGAGUUAUCCACUAACCGGAGCCUUGAUAACUUAGACUGCCUGAUGAGCCCAGUGGACACGCCUCCACGACACUGGAACAAUGAGUUCAACCAAGGCUUUGCUACACUGGGCAGAGGCAUAGGCACUCAGGUAUGCGGGCAGGGCUAUGGGCGCCCAAUACCACACUGUGAGGGAGAAUCGCAGGCAAUGGAGGCUCUGGAUCUGCCUGCUGCUACGUGCUUCCGGUCGCGCAGUCAUAGCUACCUGCGGGCCAUCCAAGCAGGCUGCUCCCAGGAUGAAGAUACAGCAUCUGUGGACUCAGACUCACCACCACCUACCACCACAGGCUGUAUCUAUAGCUCCAGCACCAUCAGCAAUAGGAAGGCUCCUCCUCCAGUCCCUCCCCGUACCACCUCCAAGCCCCUUAUCUCAGUGACGGUGCAGAGCAGCACUGAGUCGGCCCAGGACACCUACCUGGACCAGCAGGACCGCGGCAGCGAGGCCAACAGCCAGUCGGGACGCAGCAAUUCCUCCGACAGCCUCUGUAGCAUCCGUACCGGCAGUCUGGCUAAGGGCACCCAGCCCCCGGCCCCCACCCCUGCCGCUGCCCCUGCACCCACUGAAGCCUCUUCAUUCCCAGUCCCUGCCCCUCGUGAACUCCCUCCCACCACCGCUACUACCACCACCUCUUCCUCAACCACCACUACUAGCACCUCCACCCAGCCCCAGAAUGACACCCUAAGUGCUGGUGUCACCCUAGAGCAGCCAUCGUCUGCACCCAAGAGGAAACUGUCCUCCAUCGGAAUCCAGGUGGACUGCCUUUUGCCAAUCCCAAGAGAGGAGCCACUCCAGCUGACUGCUCCCCUGAAGUUCCAGUCAAUUGGCGUUCAAGUGGAGAACGGCAGGCCUCUCAGCCGGGGCGGCAGCAUGGCCUCCAGACAAAAUACAGAGUCUGAGCCCCAGGAUGCAGUACCCUCAGAAAACAACGUGGCAAACUGCGCCAACAGCGAGGCGGUGAAUUCUGCAACCCCUAAUGGAGAGGACACACCCACGGAACAGCAGCCCGUCAAACAUGCCUCUGUCCCUUCAAGGAUAUCCAGCUCACUCCCGGAGAAUCUCGACCCAGCACUGGACCCCUCCUCCCUGCCGCCCCCAGACCCCAGCCUGGAGACCGCAAACUGCAGCACCCAGCACGGAGACAGUGUUCAGUCUGCCACCCCUGCCUGCCUCCGAGACGGCAACUGGUUCCUGAAGUUGCUGCAGGCGGAGACAGGCCGCAUGGAGGGCUGGUGUCAACAGAUGGAGCAGGAGACUAAAGACAACAAGCUCUCGGAGGAGGUUUUGGGGACGAUCCGCAGUGCAGUGGGCAGUGCCCAGCUCCUCAUGUCGCAGAAGUUUCAGCAGUUCAGAGGGCUCUGUAAUGAGAACUUGAACGUGAACGCCAACCCACGGCCCACAGCACAGGACCUGGCUGGGUUCUGGGAUCUGCUUCAGCUCUCCAUAGAAGACAUCAGCAUGAAGUUUGACGAGCUCUACCAGCUCAAAGCCAACAACUGGCAACUUCCUGAGAAAUCAGAGAAGAAGGAGGAGAAGAAGCAGCCUCCAUCGUCAGUGCCAAAGAAGCAAUCUAAGCCCAAGCUGUCGGCGGGGAAGGACCGGAGCGUGGACUCGGCUGUAGACAAGCAGCGGCAAGAAGCCAGGAAACGGUUGAUGGCAGCGAAGCGUGCAGCAUCGGUACGACAGAACUCUGCCACGGAAAGCGCCGACAGCAUCGAGAUCUACGUCCCUGAGGCCCAGACCCGCCUCUGAGAGAGAACCACCGCCGGUUCCCCAUGAAGGAAUAUCCCGAUUCACUUCAGACACUCACUGACACAGACACAAAGACAGAAUUGAGACGAACACACAGAAGUACAAGGGAUGCAGAGACCGAUUCCCUCAUGGCGGCACAGCUGAAGACGAGAGGGGAUCACAAGGCUCCGAAAUUAUCCAGAACAAUGCAAGCAAUCUCCUGGCUGCCAUGGGACAGAAAUAACCUUGACAGAUGUUUAAUACUAUUGUUAUUAUUGUUAUUACUAUUGACAUUAUAAUAAUUAUUAUCUCCCAAAAUAUAUCAAGACUGUCUUAAAUGUGCAAAUAUCUUGGAUAAAGACAUCCUAUUCCUUGUGAGCUGAAGAAUCUCGGUAUCCCAGAAGUUUACUCUCUUUACUCCCCUCACUGCUGAGUCUACAGGCAAGUCCUGGCUGCCUGGUUUACGAGCUGAGCUACCACCCACACACACUCAGGAUACACAUGCAGGUGUACUCACUGUCCACAGAGUCUUCCUGUUCUCUAUUUGUAUUAGGCUGCCACUCAUCGGGUGUGGUGUGUAAGCUUUACUGUGUAUGAAAUAUAAGAUGGUGUUGAUGUACUCAGAGGUUUAAAACACAGAGAACCAGAGGAAGGCAGUAGCAUACAUUAUAAAUAUCACACUCUGGUUAUUACCAUGUUCAUUUUGUAAAUGUUCUAUACCAGAUUAUUUGUUAGAAAGAGGUCAGUGUUCAGUACCAAGGUAGUUUUUUAUAGACAAAGUACAUGUACUGUCAUGAUAUAUUAGCACUUGAUGCAAUCAUUCACUCCAUUUAUCUCCCCCCCUCGCUCCUUUUUGCAAACACACACUACACAAGUUUGUGUCUGUGGAUGCCCAUUUUUAAAGUCUUAAAUUUGUUUAUUUUGGGGGGGGAGCGAAUUGACUGGCCAGUUCAUGUGCGCUACAGAGGAAUGUAUGAAAUGUAUGCAUUUAAAAGCUCAUUUUGACUUGAUGACUGCACUUUCCAUUCACCUCAAUAAUCAAAACUUUGCCCACCUCUGCUUCUAUAAUCAUUCUUUCACUGUAUCCUCAUGUGAUGUAGGGGACCAAGACAUGGACCAUUUUAUAAAGCAUUCCCGCUCAACCAAAACUGUCAGACCAUGUGUUAUGGUGGGGAUUUACUCUUCAGUGGAAAGGAAAUGGGAUAGCAAUAAUAAAAUGUACUAGUAUUGUAAGCUAGUGUUGCAAGUAGGUGUCCAGUCUUAAAUUGUUUAACUUUGCAUUUCCAACAAGGCUGCUGAACGUGAAUAAUAAUUAUUUAGAAGUUGUCCGUUUCUUUUUUGAAAUGAUUGCUUUCAGAAAGGCUAAUGAAAAUCUCAGGUUGAGCACUCAAAGCCAACAGUUGAAACUAUAACUAACAUCUGAUAUUUAUAGCAUAACCACUAAGUAAUUAAAUAAAUGCUCAGAGCUAUGUCCAAAUAUUUUAAGUAUCCCUAUCAGAAAUUGUGUUUACUGAAAUUUUGGUCAAAAUUAAUCACAGGGCUUACUAAGUUUAUUUAAUUCUGACUACUUAAUCAUUUGUGUCCUUCAGUCCCCUCUCUAGCAUUUUGCCAUGUCCAGAAAAUCAUUUAAACUGAAGACCUCUGUUACAUUUUUAAUUUAAAUUUUUAAUGUUAAUGUGACACUUUCUGUGACUUGUGUCCAAGGUGAAGUCAACCAAGGUUUGUCUGUUGACUUCUGUGAAAUUCAUGGUGCUGAAUAUGAUUGAAUAUUGUACUAAGUGUACCAUGUAGUUGAAUUGAUUGGAUUCUCAACAUUUCAGUGAGGCUUUUAUGAGCCGCUCAUGACUCCAGCUACAUGUCCGCUCACAGUUUGUCAUUGUGCAUUCAUCAGCUCAGUCCGGACAUCACGCCGUGUCUAGUCAACAUCCAACACAGUGACACUUGACUAUGGAAAAUAUGUUGGAGAUGAAUACAGGUGGAGUCGCUCUUGUGUUUUUAGCAGGUAGAAUCACAGGUGUUAGGGAUGCUGGAAUGCAGGUGGGCAUAGUUGAUGCUCAUGUACAGAUCCAGAUAGAUUUUCACUAUUUUUUUUUUUCUUUCUUUAGUAAGAGCUGGCUCUCCCCCUACUGGUCAACCCUUGCAUCACUCUCCACACACAAUCUCGAUCACUCCAUUUUGUAUCUUUUAAGUUCUCGUCAAUGAAAUAAGUGAAGUAGAGCUGGGAAUACUGAUGCAACACCAGGUUGCUGAUUUUAUUAUUUUGUUAUGUGUUUAUUUGUAUUACAUCAACAAUGGACAUGUACAUUUCAUUGUCCAAAGAAAUCAUUAAACAUCCUUUUGCUACA